AGGAACGAACAUCUUUAAUCAAUACAACAUCGUCAAUCUGGGCCGACGACACGCCCGCCAACGAAAUACGUCCUCACAAAUCUCUACUCCCUGAUUAUUGCAUUUUUGGACACUACUAAGGCCUGCAUUGGCCGUUGAGAAGCCCGCCAUGAAAGAACUCGCCAGAGCCUCCUCGUUGCUCCGUCCAUCGCGAAUCUACUUCACACCUCGAAGCUCAUGCCGUUACUUCCAUUCUUCGCCGUCAAGAUUCGCUGUCGCACACCCCAUCACAGCACAUGGACCUCCUCCCAAAGCCCCAGAACCCGCGGCAGACUUAGCAGAGCAAGCAGAAAGGCGGAAACAGAAGGAUGCAGAGACGGUAGGCACGGAAAAAGUGGAACAGCCACAGCCCUCGAAGGCGUCUAGUGCUCUGAAGAAACGUUUUUGGAAGGACGUGAACGUUAGAAAGAUCGAAGAUGGUUACCAGGUUCUCCUCGAUACCCGCCCUGUACGAACGCCGGCAAAGACAACUUUGACCGUUCCUUUUACGAAGCCUCACUUGGCGCAUGCGAUUGCGUUGGAAUGGGAUCUAUUGACCUCGGCCCAGCAGGCCCUCAAACAGCACUUGAUACCGAUCACGUCGUUGGUUGCUCGGGCAGAAGAUAUCGUCAGAGAGGAUAGAGAGGGCCAGCGAACUACGAGAGAAGACGUGCUGAGGACGGUCAUGCGUUAUCUUGAUACGGAUACAAUUCUGUGCUGGGUGCCCAAGAAGGAUGGCCCGGAGGCGGCUCUAGAGCAAGAGGAGGGCAAGGAGACGCUUCGACAGAUGCAGGAGAGAGUCGCGCAGGAAAUCAUCGGCUUCCUCAGUGCCAAGCUCUGGCCGGGGAUCGAUAUCAAGCCCAACGUGGAUGCUGACAGCAUCCUGCCGACAUCUCAACCUCAGGUAACAAAGGAUGUGAUCCGGGCAUGGAUCGCAAACCUGCAUGCCUAUGACUUGGCUGCUCUGGAAAGAGCUGUUCUGGCGGGCAAGAGUUUACUGGUUGCUGUCCGACUGGUAGUGGAAUGGAGCGAAAACUUCCGCCACCUACAACGGUCCGGACAGAAACGGUUUGGCAUCGAGGAGGCAGCCGAAGCAUCCAGCCUCGAGGUAAGAUGGCAAACGGACAUGUGGGGAGAGGUCGAAGAUACGCACGACGUGGAAAAGGAAGAUCUGAAGAGGCAGCUGGGCAGCGUUGUGCUCCUGGUCAGCGGGGAGAGUCGCUGAAAUGGUUUCGGGAGCGUGCUCUUCAACGCUGGCAGCGCUGGUGGGCCCGGAACUGAUAAACUCGUCGAAGCGAUGACGAAAUUCCACCGUAUGGAGAAGAACGAACUGCUGUUGUAUACUCCUUACUAGUAUUAUUAUUGCGAACAAACCCAUUAUCCGCCAUU